AUGGCCACUGCUUCCAGCGCACCUGCACCCGCACCUGCCCACAGAACAUUCGAAUUCUUUACCAGUACACAGGUCAAGGAUGCCAAUGAUUUAGCGAGUUCGCCGAGUGUCUUCAAGAAUGUUCAAGAAAUCUCUCUCGUCGAAUCCUCCAGUCAGGGCGUGAUUCUUGCGGAUAUUCACGGGAAUAUAUCCAUUUUGGACCGGGCCUUUGAACCAGUCAAGUUUUGGGUCGCCUAUCCUGGUGGAAGGGCCACACAUGCUGUCGAACGGAAAGGCAUUCUCGUAACUGUGGGCGAAGAAUCCUCGUCGCGUCUGCCUCAACUCAAAGUAUGGGACCUUGAACACCUUGACAAUAAAGCGGCGAAUUCAACUCAACCCACGUUACUUCGUUCUGCAGCUAUCAAAACGACCCAACCACACCCAGUGAUGUGUAUCGCCUUGACCUCAUCCUUGUCUCACCUUGCACUGGCCAUGGGCGAUGGCACCGUCCUACUCUACCGACAUUUCGACCAAUCUCUGUUCUCGGGUAGUGCGCUUGCCAAGCCAAAGCCUGCGAUGGAUGGUAGUGGAGAGCCCGUGACCGGUCUCGGAUUCAAUGAUCCCAACGAGGCCGGCGAAACGUUCCUUUUCAUCGUUAGCACAACCCAUGUGUAUAGCUUGCCUGUUGGACCCAAAGCCAAGUCUCAGUCCCCAACCGUGGUCGAUGAGAUAGGAACAGAUUUAGGCUGCGCAGCGAUGCACCCAACAACGGGCCAAAUAGUUGUGGCAAAGAAGGAAGCCUUGUACAUGUGUGGACCUUCAGUACGAGGCCGUAGCUAUGCUUACGAAGGCGAAAAGACCGCCGCGUACGUUCACGGACACUACGUCAUCACCGUCUCCCCACCAAUCACCGCUACCGCCGACUCAUCCCACCCCACCGUUCGAAACUUUGCCGCCCGCCUUUUCGGGGCCUCGGUCAAACCCCCCGGAAGCACGGAACCCAACCCCGCGGAAGACCUAGAGAGCGCCGGUCCGGAUAUAUCCCGCGUUGCCGUCCUCGAUCCCGAGCUCGCCUUUGUGGCCUGGCGAGGCGCAGUUUCCGGGGGUGUCAAGGCCGUAUUUGCUGCCCCCGUCCCCAACUCCACUGCGCUUGCGCCCCAUGUUCUGACGACGAGAGGCAACUUGGUCAGGUUGACUGAGGUGCCGAUUCAAACGAUGAUCCAGACGAUGGAGCGCCAGGGCAGAUUCGUCAUGGCGCUGGGACUCGCAAGGAACCGAGGGGUCGACGAAACUGGGGUUGCGGAGAUUCAUCGGGAGUAUGGUGAUUACCUUUAUGGAAAGGGCGACGGAGAUGGUGCUAUGGCCCAGUACAUCCAGACGAUAGGAUUCGUUCGGCCCAGCUACGUGAUUCGAAAAUUCCUGGACGCGCAAAGGAUCAUGAAUCUCGUAACAUACCUACAAGUUCUUCAUUCUCGAGGUCUAGCCAAUGCAGACCAUACCACUUUGCUUCUCAACACAUAUACGAAGCUCAAGGACGUUGACCGUCUGGAUCAGUUUAUCAAAUCUGAAGUCCAGAGGCCGGCCGCUUCCCUGCAGACGACAAACGCCUCCGAGUCUGCGUCUUCUCUUCCGUUUGACCUUGAUACGGCAAUUCGUGUCUGUCGACAAGCCGGCUAUUUCGAACAUGCUGCGUAUCUCGCUAAGAAGUAUACUCGACACGAGGAAUACCUUCGAAUCCAGGUAGAAGAUGCCGAAAACUAUAAAGAGGCACUGGAAUAUUUGAGAGGCAUGGGUGAAGAUGCGACUGAAGGAAAUAUGGCACGCUAUGGCCGUGCGCUACUCGAGCAUUUGCCAGACGAAACCACCAACUUGCUGGUGGAGCUAUGCAGUGGGGCCCUCCAACCCAAGCCCACGUCUGCGCUCGACACCGAGUUCGUCGACUCUCCGGGGAAAGAGGACCCAAAGCGUCGUGGAACUCUGGACGACAAGCCAUCGUUGAGUUCGCUCUCCCAAACGGCAUCCGUGGUGACCUCCGUGGCUCCUUCUCCGGCCCGCGCACCCAGUCCACCGCCCCCUAUUCCACCCCCAUCUCCGCGCCCCUUCUUCGCGCACUUUGUAGCGCAUUCCAAACAGUUUGUUCAGUUCCUUGAACGUGUUGCGGACAAACGGUGGGGUCAGAGUGUAAACUCGCUUGGAGUGGUCACGAUCAAUCCGCCAAAUCGAAGUCUUGCUGAAUUAGAAUCAGAGAUUACUGAACAAACGGCAGUAUGGAACACUUUGCUCGAACUCUAUUUGACGUCGACCCACGAAAAGACUAAAGCGAUCGGGGUACUUCGAAGUGGCGGGGACACCAUUACUGGAUCCCAUGACCCUAAAUUACCGUUCGACAAUAUGCACGCGUUGAUCCUGUGCUCGACUUUUCAAUUCACCGAUGGGCUGAUGCUGCUGUGGGAGCAGAUGGGGAUGUACGAAGACGUGCUUCGGUUCUGGAUGGAGCGUGCACUCGAUCCGAGUAUCAUUCCGUCUAGCGUUGGCCUUGACCUCGAGUCCGAAAGCAAAAGGCUUCUCAGCGCGUUCUUAUCCAUCUUGACCAAUACGGACCGGCCCAUACUGGAUGUCAUCGAGCGCGAGAAGAUCAUGCCUCCGCUGGGAGUGGUGCAAAUACUUGCGCGGAACGGAGUGGCGAGUGUUGGACUUGUCAAGGCGUGGCUCAUGACGAGAAUCAAUGAGAGCCGAUCAGAGGUGGAAUCGGAUCGCAAACUCAUUGAAUCCUAUCGCACCGAGACCAAGGCUAAACUUCAAGAAAUCACCGAGCUUUCUGAUCCCGAGCACCCCCGAGUCUUCCAUGUUACUCGCUGCGCGACGUGCGGGAGCUCUCUCGACCUGCCUACAAUCCACUUUAUGUGCAAGCACAGCUAUCACCAAAAGUGUCUCCCCGAUCAAGAUAUCGAAUGCCCCAUCUGUGCUCGACAACAUAGCGUUAUCAAGGAGAUUAGACGUACCAACGAACGCUUGGUGGAUGCUCAUGGGGUUUUCUUGUCAAGUGUGGCGGAGAACGGGUUUGAAGCAGUGGCAUCGGCAUUCGGAAGGGGGAUACUCAGUCGUAGAUCUGAUGAAGACAACUCUGGUAUUUCGGUAGUUGUGUAG